AUGGCUGAAUCAUUUGUGUUUGAUAUUGCUGAUUCAUUGCUUGGAAAGCUUGCUUCAUAUGUUUGUGAAGAAGCUUCUCGAGCCUAUGGUGUUUACGAAGAUCUUCAAGGAAUCAAAGACACUCUAUCAAUUGUCAAAGGACUUCUACUGGAUGCUGAAGAAAAGAAGAAGCAACAACAUGCCUUGCGUGAAUGGACGAGACAGAUUCAAAACAUUUGUUCUGAUGCUGAAAAUGUAUUCGAUGGAUUUGAGCUGGAACACAAGAAAAAGCAAGUUCUAGAAGCUUCUAGCAGCACUCGGCUGAAGGUAAGCCAUUUCUUAUCUUCCUCUAAUCCCCUUGUUUUCCGUUCAAAGAUGGCACAUCAAAUCAAAGAGAUUAAGGAUAGAUUGGAUAAGGUAGCAACUGAUGGGACUAGAUUUGGUCUUGCAGCAACAAGUGUUGAUCCUGGAUUUAUUCUGCAAAGGAGAGAAAUGACUUUCUCUCAUGUAGAUGCUUUGGAUGUUAUAGGAAGGGAGAAUGAUAGGGAAGAAAUUAUUAAGCUUUUAAUGCAACCUCAUCCUCAGGGUGAUGGUGAUGGUGAUAAGAGUUUGUGUGUCAUUCCCAUUGUGGGAAUUGGAGGAUUGGGGAAGACCACUCUUGCUAAGUUGGUAUUCAAUGAUAAGAGAAUGGAUGAUCUUUUUCAAUUGAAGAUGUGGGUGUGUGUCUCUAAUGAUUUCGACGUUAGGAAAAUAAUUAUUCAAAUCAUCAACUCUGCUUCAGAAUCCAUUCCAUCGGCUCCUCUUGCUUACCAAGAGAACAUUAACAACUUAGAUAUUGAGCAGUUACAGUGUCGUCUUCGAAAUAAGCUUUCUAAGCAAAAGUUUUUGCUUGUACUAGACGAUAUAUGGAAUGACGAUCGUGCAAAAUGGAUUAUAUUAAAAGACUUGUUAAAAGGUGGGGCAAUAGGAAGCAAAAUCAUAGUGACAACACGCAGUAACUCAAUUGCUUCAAUGAUGGGUACUUUCCACUCCUAUGUUUUACAAGCUCUUUCUCAUGAGAGUUGUUUAUCUUUGUUUGUCAAAUGGGCAUUUAAGGAAGGUGAAGAAGAUAAAUAUCCAAAUCUAAUGGAGUUCGGAAAACAAAUUGUGAUAAAAUGUCGAGGGGUCCCACUAGCAGUGAGAACAUUAGGAUGUUCUUUGUACUCGAAAUUUGAUUUAAAUAAGUGGAAAUUUGCAAGAGACUCUGAAAUAUGGAAUUUAAAACAAAAUGAAGAUGACAUUUUACCAGCACUUAAGUUAAGCUAUGAUCAAUUGCCAUCUCAUUUGAGGCAUUGUUUCACAUACUUUUCACUUUAUCCAAAAGGUUUUCUCUUCUCUGGUGUUAAAAUCACUAAUCUCUGGAUGGCACUAGGAUUACUACAAUCACAAGAUGGAAAUCAAAGUCUUGAGAGUAUUGCAAGAGAUUAUAUUGAUGAACUACAUUCAAUGUCAUUUCUUCAAGAUUUUAAGGACUUUGGCCACUUCUACUCUUUCAAAGUACACGAUUUGGUGCAUGAUCUUGCAUUGUAUGUUGCGAAAGACGAGUGUGUAGUAGUUGACUCCCAUACUCGGGAUAUAUCUCAGCAAGUAAGGCAUUUCUCAAUGAUUGAUAAUGGUUCACUUGACAGUGCUUUAUUCCCCAAAUCCAAAAGUGUGAGAACUAUACUAUUUCCCAUCCAAGGAGUGGGCCUUGACAGUGAAUCUUUGUUGGAUGCAUGGAUAUUAAGAUACAAAUAUUUGCGGAUUUUAGAUUUGAGUGAUUCUUCGUUUGAGACUCUACCCAAUUCAAUUGAUAAAUUGAAGCACUUGCGUGUUCUCAAUCUUUCUGAUAACCACGAAAUUAAAAGACUUCCCCUUUCUAUUUGCAAACUGCCAUUUUUGCAAGCUUUGAUACUUAGAGGUUGCGUGAAUCUUGAAACAUUGCCUAAAGGAUUAGGUAAUUUAAUCAGCCUUCGGAAACUGUAUAUAACCACAAAGCAAUCUGUCCUGUCACUAGAUGAAUUUGCAAGCAUGAGCAAUCUUCAAACUUUAUGCUUUGAAGAUUGUGACAAUUUGGAGGCUUUGCUCGGAGAGGUACAACUCGCUUCCCUUGAAGUAUUGACUUUUUAUCGUUGUGGAAGCCUUGUGUCCUUACCUCUCUGUAGUUUCUCUAAACUAGAGGUUUUGCAAGUCACAGAUUGUAAGAGGCUACAGCUCAGACUGCCAGAGAAUCCUCAAAGCAAAACGAAAAGAUGGAGGAUGAAAAGUCUUUGUCUUGAGAAUUUUCCAGAGCUACAUACAUUGCCAGAAUGGAUUGAAAGAGCUGCAGAGACUUUACAGACCUUGAUAAUUAUAAAUAUUCCUAUGCUUUGGAAACUUCCUGAUUGUUUGACAAGAAUGACUUGUCUUAAAGUUCUCUAUAUUACCGACUGUCCUCUUUUGGAUUCUCUUCCAAGUGGCAUGCAACACCUCACUUUCCUUGAAGCUUUGACCAUAGAUGGUUGUCCUAAAUUAUGUCAGAAAUGUCAGCCACAUUAUGGUGAGUAUUGGCCCAUGAUUUCUCACAUUAAACAUGUUUCGAUUGGAGGAGAAGAAGAAAAAGAAGAAGAAGAAAGGGUUCCUCAGGAAGGAGAGAUGAGGAACGAUGAUCUACUACCGUACCUUAGUGAUGAGGUUGAGAAAGAAGAAUGA